UAAUAAAAAAAAUAAAAAAUUGAACGCGCGUUUUUACAAGUUUAGCCUAGAAACGGCUUAGUGUGCCAAAAGCAGUUCGAAAAAUACUGUGUGCCUAAAUUAUUUAAUUUACAAUUGAGAAUAAAUAUUUUUGCAUUAAAAACACAAUUCCAAAACAAUUCAAAUUAAUAUCGUAAAAAGUGUCGCCCAUUGUAAGAAACGAAAAACAAAAGCAAAUACGCACAGUGCUACCCACAACUUUUAUUUUUACAAGGCACAAACAAUUCACAGCGCAACAGAAGCAACAACAACGUGUAUGCAAAAGCAAACAAGUGAAAUAUAGCGAAACCUGUUCUCAUUGCAACUACUGCGCAUGCGCAACGCUUCUGUAAUUGACGGCAACAACUACAACAAUUGCGUCGACGCCAGCAACAACCUCAACCAACAUUCGCGUCACCUCGCAUAUCGCGGCCCGUCAUCGCGUUUAUUUUUGUGUAUGUACGUAUGUGUGUGUGUGCGGGCGCCCAUGUGAAUUUGUGGAAUUGUCCUACCGCAACAACACAAGUCGCCAACACUCACUGCAUGUGAUUGCUUGUGACAACAGCAAAUAGCAACAACAAUAAUUGCAGUGCAAUAACAACAGCAACGAGAUAUCACGACGUCUGGCCACAACAACCACACGACGCGACCACAGCCCGAACAUUACAUAACUUUCAAGUUGUUCACUUAUUGUUGUUAUUGCUUGCUGUUUUUUUUUUUUCAAUUUUAUCUCUCAUUGUGUUCACUCUAGUGUCUACUUGAAUUUGUCACUCCUUCGAUAAUUGUGUCACAUUAACCCAAUUCUCGGGCUUUCUUCACACACAUACAGAGAGACUACGUCGUUUAACUGACGUUUGUUUUAUUGCAUUGGAUUGAAUUGAGCGUUGUGCUCCAUUUGCGGUCGAUUAAUUUGUUAAAUUGUUUACAUUUAUUUACACCGUUAUUUAUCGUUGGCGUUUCUGUGGCGUUCGGCUUUAUUUGUUUUGAGGAGGCGUUUUGAAAACUAGUUGCAGUGACAAUGUUGAAAAUGUACAGAGCAACGGCGAUACUAUUGAUCCUCUUCGGAUAUCUGCUCAUCACAGAUUGCAGUGAAACCACACGCACAAAGCGGGCCAAACGACCACGUGCCCCAGAACCGGUGAACUUCGAACCGGAACCACAACAAGAUUUAGAAAAUGAAGAGAACGGUAGUCAAGAGAAGGAUAUACCUGAAAUUCCGACGAAUUUCCUAAGUCCUUCUGUGAGAGAAUAUCUUGAAUUGGGCAAAUCGAUACCUGGCCGUCCCGGUGUCGACUAUCCCAUACUCUCAGCGAUACCAUACACAAAUUUCUACUGCGAUGAGCAGCCAUAUCCGGGAUUUUUCGCCGAUAUGGAAACCAGGUGUCAAGGUUGGCAUUAUUGCGACAUUGAUGGUCGACAAGCGUCCUUCUUAUGCCCAAAUGGCACACAAUUUUCACAAGCCGUCUUCGUGUGCGACUGGUGGUUCAAUGUCCGCUGUGAUCUGUCGCCACGUCUUUACGCUAUCAAUGCACGACUCUACCAACGCCCAAAGGUGAAUCCGACACGACCACAUCGCAUCAUUACAAAGGAGCUGGUCGAUGACAUCUUCAAUUAAACGGAAGUGGGUGACAGCAAAGAUAGUAAAAAAAAAAGGAGCUCGAAAGAGAUAUUCAGACAAUGAAGGAGAGGAGAGGGAGAUAUAAAGUUGAAGAUAAAGAGGGAAGCUUGAGGAGAUGAAUAAAGAGAUGAAUAAAGAAAAUAUGAGAAGGAUAAAGAGAGAUAGAGAAAAGAAGGAAGAGUGAGUGAGAAAAGAUGAAAGAGAGAGAGAGAGAGAGAGAAAGAGAGAGAGAGAAAAGGGACAAAUGAGAGUAAAAUGUGUGGAAGCAUUACCAGAUGAAAAACCACUGAGGGAUGAGCGCUUUGGCGUAAAUUUGUGGGCUAUGAGGGUUAUUUAAGUUAAACAAAUUUCGAUUUCAAUUAUUGAGUGACAAAAUAUCCAACGGUGCAUAGUAUUAAAAUGAAAUUCGAAAAUGUUGCUAUCCUAUUUCGGUGCAAUUUUGAGAAGUGCAGUUACAAAAUAUGCUAAGAAUAUAUUUUAAGGACAUUAAGUGUAUAUUUAGUGCUCUAAUCAUAAACUGGAACUAUAAAUAUGUAAAGGCACAUAAACUAUUUUUUUAGUAAAUAAAUUAGUAUUGUCUAUAUAUUUUCUAAUGUAAAAUAUUAUAAAACCAGAAAUUUAGCAUAAAAGUGUGUAAUAUAAAAAGGUAAUUUUAGUUUUUAGGUUAAUAUUACAAACAAAAAAAUAUUUAAUAUUAUUUUUAGUGAAUUUGUAUAUAGUUAUAUAGCAAUGUAAUCAAUGUGUCUUCCAUCGCGGUCAACUGCUUGCAUUAACACGCAGAUACAUAAUAUUGUAUGUAUAAAUAUUUAGUAUUUAUAUACUUUAACUUUAAAUGCACAUAAUGUCUAUAUAAACACACCACUUCCUUUCUCUUUUCAUUAAUUUUGUCACUUUGUAGUUUCAUUGCAUUUAAUUUAUAUUCUAA